GGUCCACAGUAGUCUAGUUGGUUGUCCCACUUCUAUAACAACAGUGCACUAGAUAGGUUUACAAACAUGGACUCUGUUAUGGACGUAAUAAAAAAUUCUGAGGAACCAGAAUGGUUGGAGAAGCGUGUUGUUGGAGAUUUGAGAUUGUGGCAGAUAGUUUUCCUUUCUUUUGCUGGCAUGACAACUUUAAUAGUGAUGGUGUGCUGCUGCUUCCGUUUCCGCAUCCCGCGCACGAAGCAGCAGAUCGAGGCGGACUACCAGCGCCGGAAGAUCACCUCCAAGUUCCGGCACGAACUAGAAACUAUUCAAGAUGCAAAAAUGGACUCGAUGUCUUUGAAAGAUGCUUUGGAAUUGCUGCACGAGAAAACAAAGUCCCAGAUGGAGGCUGAAAAACAGGAAGCGGAGGUGGCACCCCAAGAAAGUGCGGCGGAGGCGGGGGAGGGCGUGCAGAAGGAGCAGGAGCCCGGCAGCAACUUCGUCAAGUUUGCGUCGAAGGUGGCUCACUUGUCCAAGCUGGGGGCCAAGUCGCCCGCCCCGGCCAGCCCCACGGACAAUAACUGAGGAAAAUUACUUCUAAUGAAACUGCGAAAGUGAGGCUGUUCAUCGCUUUCUGGGAUUUCGCCUCAAUGUAAUUAUUAUGUCUAUCCAUCAACCUUUUAUUUAUUAAAUAUUUUCAUCUAGAUGUAGGUCUACUUGUAAUAAGAAUUGGUAAUUAAAAGAUAACAAUCAUAAUGCA